AUGAGUAAAUCGUGUUGUUCUCCAUUUCGACAUGCCAUAAACUGUUGGGCUGGCAGCUCUUUGUCGAACUCGGACAGCACAAUUUUCGAGAAAGCGAAGUUGCACUCAGACAAUUUCUCACACAUUCCUCCACCUCCUGAAAACGAGCCGGACUCGUGGGAAACAGUGGAGGAACGGACUCAGAAUGUUGAAGUGGAUGCCGCCAAACGGCCGACGACAUUGGUACGGAAGACUGAACCUGUACCCACUGAACGACAGUUUGAUGUCACUGCCGCUCUUGAUACCAUAGAAAAGCUCCGUUACAUCCUACAUCAACUAAAUAGUGGUCAAUUACCGUUAGAAGAUCUGAAGAGAAAUAUCGAAUAUGCGGCGUUGGUGCUGGAAACGGCUUACAUGGACGAAACCAGACGGAUAUGCGACGAAGACGAUGAUCUUGCUGAAGUCACGCCGGAAACCGUUCCUGACGAGGUACGCGAAUGGCUAGCGGCCACCUUUACACGACAAAACGCCGGUAAAAAGCGGGAAAAACCGAAAUUCAAAUCGGUGGCAAAUGCCAUCCGGACCGGUAUCUUCUUCGAUAAGCUCUUCCGUAAACAGCAAAGCGUACAAUGUCCCAUUCCGCCUGAAAUUGCUGAACUGCUUAGGGAGAUUAAUUCAUGGUCUUUCAAUCCAUUCCAUUUAAACGAGGUCUCAGAAGGACAUGCUUUGAAAUACGUCGGGUUUGAGCUUUUCAAUCGAUACGGAUUCAUGGAUCGAUUCAAGAUUCCUCUCACUUCGCUUGAGAACUAUCUGCUUGCUUUGGAACAAGGUUACACCAAACACAACAAUCCAUAUCACAACGUGGUGCAUGCUGCAGACGUCACACAGUCUUCACAUUUCAUGCUUAGUCAGACUGGACUUGCGAAUAGUCUCGGUGAUUUGGAAUUGCUUGCUGUACUUUUUGGCGCCCUUAUUCAUGACUACGAGCACACAGGUCACACUAACAACUUCCAUAUUCAAUCCGGGUCGAAUUUCGCUCUGCUCUACAACGAUCGAAGUGUACUGGAGAAUCACCACGUUUCCUCAUGUUAUCGCCUUAUGAAAGACGAGGACAAGAAUAUUUUCAACCACCUCACAAGGGAUGAGUUCCGAGAUCUACGUAACAUGGUGAUUGAGAUCGUUCUGGCGACAGACAUGUCAACUCACUUUGUGCAGAUCAAAACAAUGAAGAAUAUGCUUUCACUCCCGGAAGGGAUUGACAAGAACAAAGCACUGUGUUUGAUAGUCCACGCAUGCGACAUUUCUCACCCUUCGAAACCAUGGGUGCUGCACGAAAGAUGGACCGAAGGGGUGCUUGAGGAAUUCUUCAGACAAGGAGAUCUCGAAGCAUCCAUGGGGCUGCCAUAUUCACCGCUGUGUGAUCGACAUACCGUUCACGUAGCGGACAGUCAAAUUGGUUUCAUUGACUUUAUCGUUGAACCAACUAUGCUGGUUUGCGGUGAGCUGCUGACAAAAAUGGUUGAACCAUUGGUGUCAUUACCUCCGACUGACAGUCUCUUCCCUCCAAAUGGCGAUCACAACGAAUCCACAAGUCCAAGUGUUUCGCUUAGCCCAUUACCUGAUGCGCGUAACUCCUCAGUAUCUCCUUCUAAUAUACGCCGCCUCCCACUAAGCUAUUGUGGAAAACUUGAAAUCCCCACUCCAUGGAUGAAAUUCUUACACGACAACAAAGCCUGUUGGAAAGAACGUGCAGCUAAAGAAGAAGAAGAGCGAAAGAAAGCGGAAGCUGAGAAAGCUGCAAUUGACAACGGCGAUGGAAAGGAGAACGGAAAACAGUGA